AUGUUAGGAGCCAAGCCAGCUCCAUCUCCAUUUCCUACUGGUACCCAGUUAUCCCACCUUGAUGGAGAUUCUCUUUUUGAUCCAUGCGAGUAUUACAAUGUAGUGGGUGCUCUUCUAUAUUGUACAUUGACAAGACCUGAGAUAUCCUCCUCUGUGAAUCAAUUGUGUCAACACAUGCAAGAUCCUACUACUACUCACCAGACACUAGCCAAAGGAGUCCUUCGCUAUUUUAAAGCUACCCUUGAUCAUGGUUUGAUCUACCCUGCUGCUCUUUUGAGUUCCUUACAUCUUCAAGCAUUUUGUAACUUGGAUUGGGCUGGCAAUCUUGUUGACCGUCGAUCCACAUAA